UGUCGCUGAAAUAAAGCUUCCUGCCACCAAAUGUUAAGGUAAAGGCAGGCUCUUUUGGUGUGACAUCACUCCAACUUGCUUGACUUGAAACCAGAGGCGAGGUCUAGGGUUUGGGGAACAAGUCCAGGAAGCUGCGUCAACUGAUAAGACAGACAACGUCCCCAUCAGGACUAUACUGUAUGGUGUGUGUCGGUACACACCCUAACUCCUGGACAUGGCAGGUCUUUGUGGUCUGAAGAUUCUGCUGCUCUGGGCUGGAAUCAUCACUUUGGCCAACUGUAACAAUGAAACAGCCCCCAUGCUUCCACGCAACACCACAACAGAACAACUCACCACUCCAGCUUCAGUAACCAGCCAAUCAGUCGUCUCCUCACCUGCACGCACCAUGACAGCAGCGGCUGUCAUGCCUUCAGACACUCCAGUAAACGGCCCCAAACCUACACUCACCUCGCCAGACCUCACCACAAACUCCUCAAUCCAGGCACCCAGUUCAACUGCCGUGUCUGUCACUACUACGCCUGCAAACACCCCACGCUCACCCACCUCAACCAGCAAGGAAACAGACUCUCAGUCACAUUCCACUCAAACGCAGACCUCACCUCCAAUCACCAUGUCCACCAUCACAGUGACUACCGCCACCAAAGCCACACAAGUCCCUCUGCCUCUAGAGUGUUCGUACACUGUCAAAGUCGACAAGUCUAUGGUGGAGAUUGCCAUUACAAGAUCUACCGCAGCAGACUGCACCAUAGACAUUAAAGAGGAGGGCAAACCUUGGACCGUAAGGAAAUUCAGCUCCAGUGGAAACUCAUCACUUAAAAUCGACCACCUGAAGCCUUGUACUUACUAUGAGCAUAAUGUGACAUGUGAUGCUUUUAACAAAAAAGCAAGCUGUAGCCACAAUGGAAGUACAAUUAGAACAGCUGAAAUGAGUAAACAUGACAUUGAAAAUGUUGACCGCGACCAUGAAUAUGUUUGUUACCGGAGCGAAUGGGACAUCAGCUCUUCAAUAUCAACCAUUCCCGUCAAGACACGUGCCAAUAAAACCUUCUGUAUCAAACCUAGUUACGAUGACAUUUGCUCAAAUUUGACGACAACCUUCACCUCAGAAAACUGUAGGAACUCUUCCUUUAGCCUCACCAAAAGCAUCGGCGUUGAAUUCUUAAAGCCAGGUGAAAUAGAUCUGACAUUUUCAGAUAAACUUCCUACAGAAAUAGUAGCACACUUACCAAGCAAAUGUGUCAAUCCCACCACCCAUUACACCUGCACGGGAGAACACGGCGAGCACAAGAACUUGUCAGAGCUGGAGCCCUACACAGACUACACGUGUAAGGGUCAUAUCGAGUACAACAAUACGGUCAUACCAGAUACCAAGAAUGUCUUCGUCAGGGUUGACUGUGAUCUUAAAAUAACAAACACAAACACGAGCCCAAGCGAUACCUCCAUGGUUCUGAGUUGGGACACGACCAGUCAGAAGUGUCAGAAACUUGAAGAACUGAAGAAUCUUUCUUAUGAAUGCGAGUGUCAUCUCGUGCCACCUCACUCAAAAUGCAGAGCCCGUCAUAAUGUUAAAGGCCAAAUAAAGGAAAGACGGUGUGAGGUUUCUGGACUGGCGCCACACACUUAUUAUACCUGCAAAGUCCAUCCCACGUACAACAACAAGACAGUCAAGCAAUCUUAUGAAUUCGACAAACAGGAAACUAAAAGUGGAGUACCAGAAGCUACUGAGGAAGUGACACUGACUCUUCCCGAGCACAAUGUGAUCAGUGUCACCUGUGCUGAUGUAAAAUGUUUUAAUGGACCUCAUCCGAAAUACAUUGCACGUAUUUAUGAUGGCAACAUUCUGAAGGGCGAAAAAGAAACAGCAAGUGGCAAUAAAUGCAGUUUUGAAUUCAGGGAUCUCAGUUAUUCUACGACCUACAGGGUGGAGGUGACUGCUUCCAAUGGUAUUUUCAAGAGCAAGCCCAUAGUCAAAGAGACUUCCACUCGCUAUAAUGACAGAGCACUGAUUGGGUUUCUGGUUUUCCUCAUCAUCCUCACAUCUGUGGCGCUGCUUUUCGUCGUCUACAAGAUUUACAUUCUGAAGCGCAGAAAGUCCAAUGACUUGAAUGAAAACAUGAUGCUUAUUUCGACAGCAAACGACGAGGAGAACCUGCUGCCCGUUGAGCCGAUUUCAUCCGAGGCCCUGCUGGAAGCCUACAAGAGGAAGCUCGCUGACGAGGGGAGACUUUUCCUGGCUGAGUUUCAGAGCAUCCCCAGAAUUUUCUCAAGGUACAACGUGAAAGAGGCCAAAAAGCCCUGCAAUGUCCCCAAGAACCGCUACGUGGACAUCCUGCCAUAUGAUUAUAACCGUGUGGAGCUGACCAGCGGUAACGGAGAGGCAGGAUGUGACUACAUCAAUGCCAGCUUCAUAGAUGGGUACAAGGAAUCCAAAAAGUACAUCGCAGCUCAAGGGCCGAAGGAUGAGACUGUGAGCGACUUCUGGAGGAUGGUCUGGGAGCAGCAGUCCUCUAUCAUUGUGAUGGUGACACGCUGUGAAGAGGGAAACAGGCUCAAGUGUGCGCAGUACUGGCCGUCUCCUGACCGAGAGACGGAGAUCUUUGCGGAGUUUAUAGUGAGGCUGAGCUCAGAGAACCAUUGUCCGGAUUACACCAUCCGCCAUCUCAGCCUAAUCAAUAAAAGGGAGAAGAACUCAGAGAGGGAGGUGACCCACAUCCAGUUCAUGAGUUGGCCAGACCACGGCGUCCCGGGGGACCCACAUCUCCUCCUCAAACUGAGGCGGCGUGUCAAUGCUUUCAAGAAUUUCUUCAGUGGCCCCAUCGUCGUUCACUGCAGCGCGGGAGUCGGCAGGACAGGCACCUACAUUGGGAUCGAUGCCAUGAUGGAGGGUCUGGAGGCGGAGGGCAGAGUGGACAUCUACGGCUACGUGGUCAGACUCCGCAGACAGAGAUGCCUAAUGGUUCAAGUGGAGGCCCAGUACAUCCUGAUCCACCAGGCGCUGCUGGAGCACAAUCAGUUCGGAGAGACUGAGAUCACCCUGCCUGAGCUCCACAGCACGCUGAGCACGCUCAGACAGAGAAACUCCAGCAGUGAACUCACGUUACUGGAGGAUGAGUUUGACAGACUCCCCACCUACAAGAACUGGAGGACAUUCAACACUGGGCUCACAGAUGACAACAAGAAGAAGAACCGCUCUUCAUCCGUCAUCCCAUAUGACUACAACCGAGUGCUGCUGAAGCUUGAUGAGGGACACAGUCGAGAAAGUGACCACGAUGAGGAUGAAGAGGACGACUCAUCAGACGAGGAGGAUGAGGAGUCCACAAAGUACAUCAAUGCCUCCCACAUAGACGGUUACUGGGGCCCGCACACCUUCAUCACAGCACAGACUCCGCUGCCAGACACCAUGGCUGACUUCUGGUGCAUGGUUUACCAGAAGAAAGCAUCUACUAUUGUCAUGCUUUCAGACUGCAGUGAGGGAGAUAAGGCUGACUGUGUCUACUGGGAUAAAGACCAGAAAACAUUUGAGGACUUUGAGGUGGAGGUGGUGAGCACAGACACCUCCCCGACCUUCAUCACCCGCAACAUGCUGCUCCGUCAUGUCAAGAGGAAAGACGGUCGGCCGGUAAAACACUUCCAGUUCCUGAAGUGGGCGAGCGGAGAGGUGCCGGAGAAACCUCAAGAUCUGACAGACAUGAUCAAGGACAUCAAGCACAGCUGUGGCAGCAGAAAAUCACAGAGGGGCACGCCCAUCGUGGUCCACUGCAAUGAUGGCUCCACCCGUUCAGGGAUUUUCUGCGCUCUGUGGAACUUGCUUGACUGCGCUGAGACUGAGAAGCUGGUGGAUGCUUUCCAGGUGGCCAAAACCCUGCGCAAAGAGAGACAGGGCAUGCUCUCCAGCCUGGAGCAGUACCAGUUCUUGUACAAAGCACUGGAGAUGUUCUUCCCUGUCCAGAACGGGGAAGUGAAAGCCUCUGCAGCCGUCCAAAUUGUCAAUGAAACCAAAGCGGCCGAGCAGCCAGCUGAGGAAAGGGCGGAGGAGCCUGCUAGCACUACCAGUAUCGGCCAGCAGGGGGCCGAGGGUGCUCCUACUGUGGCUGAUGGAGAGAAAGAAGAAAAAAAAGAGAAGCCUGAAAAAGUGUCCGGCACCCCCACAGAGACAACACCACUGGAGGACACCAGCAACGGUCCCGGUGUCACUGUGGAGGUCUGAGGGGGCUGGCCGGGCCUUUCGCUUUUGGAAAUAAGUGCUUCAACUCAAUGCUUUGUUUUAAUAUACUUCCUGAAUGUAUAAACAUUGUAAAGGUUUAACACAGUGUGGUUUUGGUUGAGAUUUGUUAAAGAAUUUGAUGAAAUGUUUUAAUGUUUCAAUUUCACAAAAUACAAUUUAAACUAAGUUAUAAAUAUUUUAGCAAGAAAAACACAAAGUUUACUAGAUGCUGUCAUCAAACUAGCAUUUACUGUAUAGUUGGAGACAUCUAACUACAUUUUAAAUAUACAGUACAUAAGAUGUUGUUUUAUACCCCUUUAUAUUUGAGUUAGUUUAUGUAUUCACUUUCUUGCUAAAUAAAUGGAAGCUAUAGUCUACACUUAUAUAUAUAUAUAUCUGGUAGAGGUGAACAAUUUAGUCCAUAAGUUCAAAAUUUGUUAUGUGACACUGUGACAUUUCAUUAAAGACUUACAGAGAGAAGGA